AUGGAUCCACAAGAACAAGACUUUACUGGUCUUUCCAUCGAAGAACGUCUUGGUCAUAAGGUUUGGAAGGCCAGGUUAUCAGCUUAUGAGGAAUUGAUCAAAGAAUUUGAGACUUCUCCCUCUGAAGAUGAUGAGAUUUUCACAAGAUUCGAUGUAAACACAGUCAAAUCGUUUACUAUUGAUCUGAAUGUUGUAGCACAAGAAACCGGGAUUUUAUGUGUAAGCAAAUACUUGGAGUUCGGUCCUACGAAUAAUGCAGUAAGGCUACAAAAAUCAGGAGUAGUUUCUUCAUUGUGUGAAAAAGGUUUAUCAUCUUCAAGAGCUGGAACUAAGACCAAAACCAAUGAAUGUUUGAUGUUAUUAAUCGAAAGAGUCGACGGAAAUCAAGUUGUUCAAGAUAUGAUGCCUUUUUUCAAACACAGAUUACCUAAGUUGGUUUCUGGUGUAGUGAAUUCCAUAUAUCAAAUAAUUGAUAAUUUUGGAUGUAAAAUCAUUAAUCCUAAUCCUAUAAUUGAAUAUUUACCAGGAUUAUUCAGUCAUGCCGAUAGAAAUGUUAGAAAUGAAGCCACAAAUUUGACAUUGGAAAUUUACAAAUGGUUAAGAGAUGGUUUAAAAACGGUCUUACUAGACGAUUUGAAACCAAUUCAGAAGAAAGAUUUAGAAAAAGCCUUUGAUAAAGUAGCUGAUGAAAUUCCCAAACAAAAAAGAUUAUUGAAAUCUCAAAAGGAAGUGGAAGAAGAAGCACCAACUGAAGAUGUUGAAAUGGAAGAUACUGAAGUUAAACCUGACUUUGAUCCUUAUGAUCUUUUACAACCAACGGAUGUUUUAAAUCAAAUUCCAGGAGAUUUCCAACAAAGAAUUAGCAACCCCGUAUGGAAGGAAAGAAAGGAAGUUUUAGAAGAAGUUCACGCUAUCCUUAGUAAAGCUAGUAAAUUAAAUCCACAAGACGAUUAUUUGGAUAUAAUGAGAAUUUUCACCAAAUGUAUGAAAGAUGCUAACAUGCAAGUUGUACAGUUGGCCUCUGAAUGUACAGCCUUUUUGGCCAUUGGGUUAAGAAAAGGAUUCAAAAAGUAUUAUUCCAUGAUUUUGGUACCUAUGCUUGAAAGGAAUAAGGAAAAGAAACCUUCAUUCACUGAAGCUAUUAAUAAGUCUUUGGAUACUAUUUUUAAAGCCACUUCUUUGAGUGAUGUCUUAGAAGGUGUUUUAUCAACUAUGACCCAUAAAACCCCAGCUAUUAAGAUAGCUGCUAUCGAUUACUUGACCAGGUGUUUAAGUGAUAGUGAUGUUGCUCCUAAUAAUAAUGAAAUUGAAUCCAUAAUGGGAGUAUCAGUAAAAUUGUUGAGUGAAUCUCAAGAGCCUAUAAGACAAGCUGCUAGUCAACUUAUCGGUACAUUGAUGAAAAUUGUGGGAGAAAGACAAUUAAUCAGAUACUUGGAAAAAGUUGAUGAUAAUAGAAGGAAAAAAAUCAAUAAAUUCUUCGAAGAAGCUAAUGUGAAAGCAUCAUCUAAAGGGUCAAAUCCACCACCAAAAUCUAUAAAACCAAUUCAAUCCACAAAGAUAGCUCCUCCUUCAACCAUCCCAAGUAAAAGAUUGGCAACUUCGCCUGCUAAGAGACCUGAAAAACCAAGUUUGAGAGGUCUUACCAGUAGAAACUUAACUACCAAUGAAUCUAUACCCAAGUUUUCUCAACAGCCCCAACUUCAACCCAAGCCAGAAGUAGAUAAUUCCUUAUUGAAAGAAUUAGAAGAGUUGGAAUCAAAGAAUAAACAAUUACAAGAUUCCCACAAAUUACAAAUCAAUGAAAUUGAAAAAUUAAAGAAUGAUAAUUUAUCGUUAUCAAGGAAACUCCAGGAAUCUCAAAGUAACUCCAACAUCACCAUUAAUCAAAAAGAUGCACAAAUUUCUCGUUUGAACAACGAUAAAGAGAAUUUAUUAUUGAAGAUCAAAGAUUUAGAACAAACCAUUGAAAUAAUGAAAUUGAAUAAUGAUGGACCUAAGAUAAAAACUGAAAGAAAUCUGGGAGAUUUGAGUUUAAGAGUGAAUAGAUUAUCUAUCGGUAAAGACAAUGAUUUCAAAGAAAACAUUGAGUAUAAAAAAGAACCAUCAGUCGAUUUUGAUAAUGACGAUAAUUGGAAGAAAGCUCAAGAAAUCACCAAUCAAUUAAGAGCAAGAAUUGAAAAGAUGAAAGCUAGAUCCAGACCUAAUUUCACGUAG